AUGAUUGCAUCCACAUCGGCACGCGCUCUCUCUCGAGCUGCCGAACCCUCCACACGUACCCUUCCUCGCAAUGCCUCGCUUCACACCGGCUCUUCACGUUCGCUGUCGACACCAUUCCGACCGACCUCAUCGGUGCUGCUGCAUCACACUCAGCCACGCGCCAUUGCCACCCCCCUCAUGAUCGGUGCCGGACUCGUAACAGCCGGCCUUAUUGCAAAUCUCCUGCUCAACCCCAAGAACGGUGCAGGGCCUUCGGGGGGUAAAUGGAUCAAGGGCGGGUUUAAUACAAAGAUGGACAAGAAGGAGGCUGCGCAGAUCCUGGGACUGCGCGAGACGGCGCUUACAAAGGCCAAAGUCAAGGAUGCGCACAGGAGGAUGAUGAUCGCAAACCACCCAGACCGCGGCGGAGCUCCCUACCUCGCUUCAAAGAUCAACGAGGCAAAAGACCUUCUUGACAAACAAGUCACCCGCUAA